AUGGCUUCGGACGUCCAACAGACGGUCGCCGACUGCCGGUCGUGCGCCCGCGUGAGGGGAACGCAAUACCGCCAGCAGAAGAAGCUAACGUUGUUCCCCGCCGCCGGGCCGCUAGAAUUCGUCGCCAUGGACCUGUAUGGGCCCUUGCCAAAAACCCCACACGGGAACCGCCACAUAUUGGUCAUCACGGACCGCUUUACCAAGCUGUGCCGAGCUAUACCCCUUCGGACGACUCAAGCUCAGCAGGUUGCUCAGACCUUCCUUGACGCGUGGGUGUACCCGUAUGGCAUGCCGGAUACACUACUGACCGACAACGGACCCCAGUUCACAGCUAAAUUCUUCGAAGCUGUAUGCGGCCUUCUCGGAAUUCGGCACGUGCUCACGACGGCCUAUCAUCCGCAAACUAACGGUCAGGCCGAGAGGUUCAACCGGACGUUGGCGACCCGAUUGCGGCAUUACGUCUCCGAACACCAACGGGACUGGGACGAUUACGUACAACCCUUGACGUACGCGUACAAUAUGCAAGUCCACAAGUCGACGGGUACGACCCCCUUUGACCUCGUCUUGACGCGGCACCCACCAGGGAUAUCGGUCCAAGCUCCUUCUAGCGCCAUACCGUCCCCAAAUGGGAGUGAACCGACAUCGGCACAAAUGAAGCGAAUCACCCUACAGCGGGUGCGGAAGAUUCUCUCCCGCGCGGGUACCAAGUUGACACACGCCCAAGCACAGUACAAGAGAAAUUUCGACAAGGCCGUAAGGACGUUACCCUCCUUCGAGGUCGGACAGGAGGUCUUUCUCGACAGACCCCCGGAUUUUUCUGCGACGCCGCUCGAGAAUGAGGACGGCCACCGGAAACUCCUUCCUAAAACGACAGGUCCCUAUAGGUUCAUAAAGGCGCCAGUGGACGGAGACACCGUCACGAUUGAGCGCAACGGUCUCUUGGAUGCAGUAUCCAUAAACCGUGUGACAAAGGUGCCGCAACCCUCCAUCCCGAAGGCCCCCUCGUCCGUAAGGUCGACGCCCAUGGCGAUACCCCCGGCAAGCGGAACCACACCACCCGAAAAGGCCUCCGUAUCACGGACCACCCGGACGGUCUCCAUCGACCCAGACAGCGAGGUCCCCGUCCAUCAGGACCCCGCUGAGGCCGAAGCGGAUACAGAGCACGCCAUAGACCGCAUCGUCGCCCAUGGCGAGGCGGACGACGGCUCCCCACUUUAUCGCGUCCGAUGGUUCGGCUAUAGCCCCAAAGAGGACACCUGGGAGCGAGCGGAUAACCUCCCAGAGAACUUCAUCCGCCGAUACCGAGCUAGACACUGA